AUGAAGCCUGUUUCGCAGUGGCAUCACAAUGAACGAAAACAUCUCUGGCCUCUGGCCUAUGGACGUCUGGCCUAUGGCCGUCUGGCCUAUGGCCGUCUGGCCUAUGGCCGUCUGGCCUAUGGCCGUCUGGCCUAUGGCCGUCUGGCCUAUGGCCGUCUGGCCUAUGGCCGUCUGGCCUAUGGCCGUCUGGCCUAUGGCCGUCUGGCCUAUGGCCGUCUGGCCUAUGGCCGUCUGGCCUAUGGCCGUCUGGCCUAUGGCCGUCUGGCCUAUGGCCGUCUGGCCUAUGGCCGUCUGGCCUAUGGCCGUCUGGCCUAUGGCCGUCUGGCCUAUGGCCGUCUGGCCUAUGGCCGUCUGGCCUAUGGCCGUCUGGCCUAUGGCCGUCUGGCCUAUGGCCGUCUGGCCUAUGGCCGUCUGGCCUAUGGCCGUCUGGCCUAUGGCCGUCUGGCCUAUGGCCGUCUGGCCUAUGGCCGUCUGGCCUAUGGCCGUCUGGCCUAUGGCCGUCUGGCCUAUGGCCGUCUGGCCUAUGGCCGUCUGGCCUAUGGCCGUCUGGCCUAUGGCCGUCUGGCCUAUGGCCGUCUGGCCUAUGGCCGUCUGGCCUAUGGCCGUCUGGCCUAUGGCCGUCUGGCCUAUGGCCGUCUGGCCUAUGGCCGUCUGGCCUAUGGCCGUCUGGCCUAUGGCCGUCUGGCCUAUGGCCGUCUGGCCUAUGGCCGUCUGGCCUAUGGCCGUCUGGCCUAUGGCCGUCUGGCCUAUGGCCGUCUGGCCUAUGGCCGUCUGGCCUAUGGCCGUCUGGCCUAUGGCCGUCUGGCCUAUGGCCGUCUGGCCUAUGGCCGUCUGGCCUAUGGCCGUCUGGCCUAUGGCCGUCUGGCCUAUGGCCGUCUGGCCGUCUGGCCUAUCGCCGUCUGGCCUAUCGCCGUCUGGCCUAUGGCCGUCUGGCCUAUGGCCGUCUGGCCUAUGGCCGUCUGGCCUAUGGCCGUCUGGCCUAUGGCCGUCUGGCCUAUGGCCGUCUGGCCUAUGGCCGUCUGGCCUAUGGCCGUCUGGCCUAUGGCUUCUGACCGUCUGGCUUCUGGCCGUCUGGCUUCUGGCCCUUUAGCCUCUGACUGUCUGGCCUCUGGCUGUCUGUCCUCUGGCCGAGCGUGUUCGCCUAGUUCGAAUGUAAAGAGAGACCCUUCAAUAUCAAAACGAAGCGUCGAAGCAACUUCAGUGCCUUUCCCAAAACAGUCGAGAGACUCUCCGCUCGAUACCGCUGAAUGUCCGCGAGUAUCGUUGCAGCUACUCCGUAUAAAGCUUUCCACCAUACGCAACCCGGAUGUUCACAGCUAUGCUUUUUGUGACUGCGAUGAACACCACACAGAUCGUAACUCCAAGUUCCAGCCUCUGUGGUGCUCACACGGCCACGAUGGCUGGUGUGGUGUGGUCUGCGUAAAUAGCGAUCACAGGAAACGAUGA